CCAACGGCGUCGUUUCUUGUCGCGAGCCCCGUGAAAGUCCUCGGCGAUGGGACGGCGCGGCCUUGGUCUCUUGCCUUUUUUUAUGGUUCGCUGGUCGAUCGGAGAAACGAACAAUCUCCGGCGGCAGGAAGGUUGAAUCUUGGGUACAUAAGCGUCCGAAGACAGCUCGGAGAAGACCCGUAACUGGCAAUCGCAUAGCAGCCGUGUUAUACGAGCUGAUUAAUGAAGAAUGAAGAUAGUAACUUACAACGUUAACGGGCUGAGGCCUCGGGUCUCGCAGUUCGGUUCCCUCCGCAAAUUACUGGAUUCUCUCGAUGCCGAUAUCAUCUGUUUUCAGGAGACGAAGUUGUCACGACAAGACCUAACGGCGGAUUUGGUCAUCACCGAGGGCUAUGAAUGCUUCUUUUCCUGCACGCGCACGUCGGACAAAGGACGCGUCAGUUACUCCGGUGUUGCAACAUUUUGUCGUGUAAAGUCGGCAUUUUCAAGCACUGAAGUGGCUUUGCCCCUUGCAACCGAGGAAGGUUUUACUGGGGUUCUGGAAGGCAAUGGGUCAAGAAGUAGAGAAGAUAAAGAGCUUGGAAGAGCAAAGGGCCUUGAGGAAUUCACAAAGGAGGAGCUUCUCAAGGUUGACUUUGAAGGACGAUGUGUUGUAACAGACCACUGCCAUUUUGUGCUUUUCAAUAUUUAUGGCCCUCGAGCACAAAGUGAUGAUACAGAGAGAAUCCAGUUUAAGUUCACCUUUUUUAGAAUCCUACAGAAAAGAUGGGAGUUUCUCCUGAAUCAAGGAAGGCGGAUAGUCGUUGUAGGUGAUCUGAACAUUGCUCCUGCUGCUAUCGAUAGCUGUAAUCCAAGACCUGAUUUUGACAAGAACAUGUUCAGGAGAUGGUUUAGAUCUAUGCUAGUGGAAAAUGGUGGUGAUUUCUUUGAUGUUUUUAGAGCAAAACAUCCCGAGAGGAGAGAAGCAUACACCCACUGGCCACAAAACACAGGGGCGGAAGUGUUCAAUUAUGGGUCUAGGAUAGACCAUAUCCUUAUUGCUGGAUCUUGUUUACAUGAAGAUGAUAGUCAGCAAGGUCAUAAUUUUGUGACUUGCCAUGUGGAAGACUGUGACAUAAUGAUGCAGUUCAAGCGGUUGAGGCCUGGAAAUUCACCCCGUUGGAAGGGAGGGAGAAGCAUCAAAUUAGAAGGUUCUGAUCAUGUUCCUGUUUAUAUGAGUUUGGUGGAAAUCCCAGAUGUUUUGCAGCAUAGUACUCCCUCUUUAUCUGCUAGAUAUGCUCCAGAGGUUCGUGGGCUCCAGCAAACUAUCGUGUCAGUGUUGUUGAAAAGACAAGUUGCAGAGAGAGAUAAGAUGUAUGAAGUCUCAAGUUCUUUUCCAGAGGAUGAUGUCAAAGUGGAGAGUUGCAGUGAGAGUGUGGAGAAAUCAUCUCAAGACCCAAAUGUGUCAAGCUUAUUCUCAGAAGGAAACUUUUCUCUGAACAUAGAACAGGAAGGUGCCAAUCAAAGAACAAAAAAUGAGCACCCUGGAGGUUCCUCUAAUGAUUCUACUCGUGCGAAUAUGACAUUGUCAAGAAGUGAUCCUUUUAAUUCAGUUCCCAACAGAGGAAUUAGGAAAAAAGCAAGGCAAAAUCAAUGGUCACAGCUCUCACUAAAAUCUUUUUUCCAGAGAAGUCCAAGAGAUCUCAAUGGUGGGGACAAGUCUGUCACUGGUAUUUCACCCGAGCAGGCAAAUAUCUCUGAAUCUGAUCAUUCAUUGGAUGAAAACUUCAUGGUUAAUCCAGAGCAGUCCCAAUUGAACGAUUGUACAUCCACCCAGGAUGAGAGUCACCUAAAUGCUAGUUGCACUUCUGAGAUGGAGAAGAGUAAUGAUGCUUUAGUAGAGUGGCAAAGGAUUCAACAACUCAUGCAGAGCAGCAUACCCCUGUGCAAGGGCCAUCAUGAACCCUGUGUGUCUCGGGUUGUGAAGAAAGCAGGCCCUAAUUCUGGACGCAGAUUUUAUGUCUGUGCUCGUGCUGAGGGCCCUGCAUCUAAUCCUGAAUCGAACUGCGGUUAUUUCAAGUGGGCUGCUUCCAAACCCAAAGGCAAAAGAUGAGAACAGUUCGCUCGCUCUUCUGGCCGGUGCGGUGCUGGUUUUGAAGAUGGCAAGCUAUUCAUUUCCAGCCUUCCUGUGAGUCUAAAUCUCUGCCUUGGUAUCAGUUUUUCUCCCCUUUGAUUUUCCUUGGAAAAUGUAAUGGGCAACUAAUUAACCAGUUUGUAAAGCACGUGGCUAGGAAUUAUGUUUCUUCCCAGCAGCUUGAUUGAAAGUCAGCCGAAUUGGACAAAAUGGAUGAAGAUGACUCAAUUUGUGAUAUUGGUUGGAUAAUUUGUCAAGUAGGACCAUCCACCUAACUGUCCCGCACCAAAAAUGUUAUAAUGUUGUGCGUCCAGAACUUAUACAUGUGCGUCUAUAUAAAUGGUAUUUGUUGUUUUCUUGGUAAAAGAACCCACCUUAGCGGAACCAACCAUGUCCCGCUCAUAACAUUAGAUUGAAUUAUAUUAGAUUAGAUUUUGCGGAAUCAGGUUAAUAUGCUGUAACCAAUGAUUAUUUAAGACUCAUGUGAAUAAUCCCUCAAUAGGUGAUCAUGGAGCAUCUGCAUCGACCCUACCAUUGUUUAAAAUUCUCGUUUCAUUCAAACUCAAAAGAUUAAAGGGGGGCCUUGUAGAUUAAAAGUGGAUCUACUCUAGGCAAACCCUUGGGUCAAUUCGUGUCGUACAUUUGUUG